AUGAGCCAGGGCGGCGUGUCUUCUCCCAGCCUGAGCCGAUCAGACCAAGCUCAAGACGAAGCAUCUCAAGCCAAGAGGCCCAGGGCGUUGAACGCAGACAGAGUCCACGACGUUUCAGCGCCUGGCCAGCCACUGCUCCUUCUGCCCUUCGUUCAACCAACCCCUCCCCUCCAACCCCCCACAGCCCUCUCGCAGACCUACUACCCGACCGACGCCUACCAAAGGAAAGCCAUCAAGGGCGCUUACCCCAAGGCGAAGAAGGUCAAGCGAGCCGACACGCCCCUGGUUCUCGGCACCCCGGGCCCGCUGCUGACCCGACCCCCCAACGUCCGGCACCAGACGCACAAGACGAUGGAACGCAAGCUGCGGGCCAUCCGGGGACCCGAGGUCACCUACGAUCCGGCCGCAGAGUCCCGCCUGGCGGACUUCAUUAUGAACUUCGAGUUCGUCAACACCAACCCGCUGCGCAAGGGCGUGGUCCCCGUGUCCGAGGAGUUCAACGCGGGUUGCACUUGCGUCGGGGCGUGCAACCCGGAGAUUUGCCUGUGCCUGUCCAAGGAGGAGGACGAGAGCAACACGAACAUCGUGCCGUACCGGAGAGCCCCAGACGACCCGCACAUGAUGGUGCUAAAGCCGGAGUUCCUGACACGCAAGGCCAUGAUCUACGAGUGCAGUGACCGGUGUGGGUGUAAUGCGGGAUGUUGGAAUCGCGUGGUCCAGAAUGGACGUACCGUGCGGUUGGAGAUCUUCUACACCGGGGACCGUGGGUUUGGCCUCCGCUCACCAGACCGUAUCCGCGCCGGCCAAUUCAUCGACUGCUACACAGGCGAAGUGAUCACCACCGCGGCCGCCGACCUCCGUGAAGCGGCUCACACAGCGCACGGCGCAUCCUACCUCUUCAGUCUCGAUUUCUUGAACGGCCAGUACGAAGACUAUGAGGAGGACUCCAACGACGACGACGACGACGGCGACGAAGCCACCGAGUCCGGCUGCAAGUACGUGAUCGACGGGCGUAACUUCGGCGGCCCGACUCGCUUCAUCAACCACUCGUGCAACCCGAACUGCCGCAUGAUCCCUGUCUCCCGCAACCACGCCGAUCGAGACCUGUACGAUCUGGCCUUCUUUGCCCUGCGCGAGAUCCCGCCGUACACGGAAUUGACCUUCGACUAUAACCCCGGGUCCGAGGGUGGCGGCGGCGGCAUCGUCAAGGGCGCCAAGAUCGAUCCCAGCGCGGUGCAGUGUCUCUGCGGCGAGGCGAACUGUCGGGGCCAGUUGUGGCCGAAUCAGAGGAAGAAGGGGGUUGCGGUGAGAUGA